GUCCCACUCUAGCUAAUCGAUCAGUUCAAGGUUAUGCAUUGAUUUCCUUUCUCAAUUUGGACAGCUACUUCCACAAGCAUCAAAAACCAUGCAAUCCCUCUUUGAUUUGUCAGCUAAAUCACAAGGUUCACAUCUUUGUCUCUCAUUCUUUUUAAGUCCUCCUUUGUUCAUUCCGUCCAAACUUUAAACUAUAAAUAACAAGUUUCAUUUCCAACCUCACUCCCCUUCCAUAUCCUUUGGAGAGUGAAAGUGAAAAAAUAAAAAAAGGAACAGAACAAUGGCUGUUACUAAUUUUACAUGUUCAGCUUCUUCCUUUCUUGUAAGGUGUUGCUCUAUGAAAGAUAACCAUCAUGACCAAUUGAACAGUAACAACAGCAUUAGAAUGAAUGGAAGUUAUAGGUCUCCGAUUAAAGUUGAAUCUCUUAGUCAAACAGCUGAAGCUGCACCUACAACUCUUGUUGAAAAUGGUCUGCGCCAAAACAUACCGACAAAGAAACAAUUGGUUGAUCCUCAUCGUCAAGGUCUCAUUGUUGAAGGUGGUGUUGGUUAUAGACAAACUGUUGUUAUUAGGUCUUAUGAAGUUGGUCCUGAUAAAACUGCUACACUUGAGAGCAUCCUCAAUCUUCUACAGGCAAAUCGAUCUUUAUUAUUACACUUUUCUAAUUGAAUUCAAUUUUAUAUGCAUUGUAAUUGUAAUCAAAUUUUACACAUGCAUCGAGUCACUUCUCAGUUCUCACAGCUUCGAUAACAUUUUUUGCGCUG